CCCUCGGUCAUUGUCUCCCUGGAUAAUGGGAGGGAGGCGCAGCGCCACGGGGCUUGAUGAGUCCCCCACCCGGGGUGCCCUCAACACUCAGGGCCAGGCGCGGCCCCGUGAAUAACCGCGCGGCGACAGCAUGCCCACUUGGCCCAAUCGCUCGGAGUGCGUCUCCCACAACUGCAGCUGGGAGAAGAUCCCCAACGCCACAUGGAAGGAUGACUACGUCCUGCCUCCUCUCAACUACUACUCCAUCCCUCUCCUCACGGCCAUCACCACCGCCUGCACGCUGCUCUUUCUGGUCGGGAUGGCCGGGAACGUCAUGACCAUUCUGGUGGUCAGCAAGUACCGGGACAUGCGCACCACCACCAACCUCUACCUGUGCAGCAUGGCUGUGUCAGACCUGCUCAUCUUCCUCUGUAUGCCCCUGGACCUGUACCGCAUGUGGAGGUACAGGCCCUGGCGCUUUGGAGACGUGCUCUGCAAGCUCUUUCAGUUCGUGUCAGAAUCGUGCACUUACUCCACCAUCCUGAGCAUCACUGCGCUUUCAGUGGAGCGAUACCUGGCGAUCUGCUUCCCGUUACGCGCAAAGGCUCUAGUUACCAAGAGGCGGGUGCGCGCCCUCAUUCUCCUGCUGUGGACAGUGUCUCUUCUCAGCGCCGGACCCGUGUUUGUCAUGGUGGGAGUGGAGCGUGACAUCAUGGGACCGUUCGGCUCGGACAUGAAUGAGACGGGCUUCUCCGUGGAGGGCGGGGGGGACACCCGGGAGUGUAGGAUGACGCACUACGCCGUGGAGUCGGGUCUGAUGGGCGCCAUGGUGUGGCUGAGCUCCGUCUUCUUCUUCAUGCCAGUGUUCUGUCUCACUGUGCUCUACAGCCUCAUAGGCCGGCGACUGUGGCAGAGACACCGAGAGACGAGCAUCAGCUCCCGCGUGGCUCACAGGGACAAGAGCAACAGACAGACCAUCAAGAUGCUGGUGGUGGUGGUGCUGGCCUUCGUCCUCUGCUGGUUGCCGUUCCACGUGGGUCGCUACCUGCAGUUCCGCUCACUGGACGCUCCGUCUCCUCUGCUCUCGCUGUUGUCCGAGUACUGCAGCUUGGUGUCGGUGGUUCUCUUCUACCUGAGCGCCGCCAUCAACCCCAUCCUCUACAACACCAUGUCCUGGAAGUACCGGGGCGCAGCGGCGCGCCUCUUCGGCCUCGCCGACAGCCAGCCCCCGCGGGGACGCUCAGCCAGCACCAUGAAGGGAGACGGCUCCAACAGCUGGACGGUGUCUUCAGUCAGCUUCUGAACGCACUGCACGACAUAUCAUGCGUGAAGAUAAUUACCACAAGUUGAAAACAUCAGCCUAUAAAAGCCAUUAAUUCUGUCAGGCCGAGGAGCAGCUCCUGACUGAGACCAGAAGACCCAGACACAAGCCUGAGCCACAACAAACUGCAAACCUCAGUUCCCAGCUCUGUCAACACGCAUCAAGAGAAAACCCGAUUAUUUUUUCAAAGCAUUUUCUUGAUGGAUUCUCUUUUCUUACAACUCACUCAGCAGCAUAAUGAAGAGCAUAUCUGACGGAGUGCCAACACUCACUGUGGCCUGACGUAUGUGUGAACAACACGGAUGCACAUGCUCCUACACAAACAUUAUAGACAUUUACAAUUGCCUUAUAUUGUAUUCAUAUUCUGGAUGACAAAGAAAGCACUGUAGAACUUGUGGCACCGCUCUGUACCCUAGGGGCACAGGUGCAGUGUGUGU